CUUCGAAGGGGUGAAAAGUUUAUUUUCAUACACUUUUGCACCGUACAAGCGAAGCGGCCGUCGUUUUUUGAAUUUGAAUUUUUUAACAACAAUUGCCGCCGUUCAUACUCCUCACUCUCUUUCGUACACGCAUAGGAAGAUUAUUCUCGCCAACUAUUUUUUUUAUAAAGAAAAAUAAAUAAAUAUAAACUGAUGCAAAAAUAAUAGUUUAUUAACCAGUUGUGUGUGUGUUUUUGUGAUGAAAAUUUUACGCAAAAAAUUUUGUGCAGUGUUACUGAAACGAAAAAAGGCAAACAACAAUAACAAAAAAAUAUAUUCCAAAUUGUGUUUGCAAACAAAACGAAAUGUAGAAAAAUUGUGAAAGUUCAAGCAAUUCUACGUACACACAUACAUACAUAUUAGAGAAAGUGCAUUACAUACAUCUAAAGUUUUUGGGAAAUUCAAAAUUGAAACGAGAAAGUGAUCGUCUUUGUAUCAAGAAUUAUAAACAAACAUCAAUUUACAAAUCGAAGGAUAACACACAGAAAUCAAAAGUGCAAAGCAGCAAAUAGACUGCCAAAGUUUUUUUUUUAUUUUAUUUCAUUGCAUACAAUUUAACAAUAUUUCAAAGUUGAAAAAAAAAAAAAAAGGUUCAUAAAGGUCAACUAAACUGGUGUUAAAUUCCCCCUUUCCCUCAUUUUCGUUUACAAGCCUAAUUCGUUUAUUUUAAUGAAUAAUUUCGAAAAAAUACAUUUCGGUGCAAAAAAGUUUUUAACAAGAACAAAUAAGAACGCGCAGGAUAAUUAAAAUUACGCAACGCUGCCACUGAAUAUCAAACGGAUUAACGAAGAUACUUAGCUGCGUCUAUGGAAUAAUACAAAUACCAAAUUUUUAAUCUCGAGAAAAUAAUCAAAAACAACCAAGUUUUAUUUAAUCUUAUAAUCUAAUUUAAUUUAUUCAAUAAAAAAACGCAUAAAUUCUAACAAAGCAAAACACCCAAAACCAAACCAAAAAAACACACAAACAAAAAAAAUAUAUAUAUUCUAAAACGAAGGAAAUAAUUAAUUUAUAUAAGCAUUAUUUAUGUUUGAAUAAGUAAAAUUUUUGGAAUUUCCAUAGUUCCAUAAAUGAAAAUUUAACAAUACUUAUAUUGUUAAAAAUAAUUUUAAGCAAAUUAGUAUAAUGUAUUAACAGCAAUUAAGCAAAACAAACAAACCAGUGGAAGACAACAAAUUGUUUAAGUAUUUUUAAGCAAUUGUAAUUAAGCGAAAAAACAACAACAAACAACAAAUAACUACUAAAUCAACCGCAACUAACUUAAUUAGCAGCAUACAUACAAGAAUAUAGUGAAAAAGAAUUACAAAUUACAAAGCCCGCAAAUUUUGCAUUCAGUUGAAUUUAUAUUUUUUAAAAAAUCUCCCGAAAAAGCUACAAAUCAACAAGCAAGUUAAACCACAAAGUACAAAAAUUCACAACAAAUUUCGUAACGCAAUAGCCGCAAUUCAACAAAUUACAAAUACAACAAAUGCAUACAUAAUUACAUUACAAAGUAAAAGUUUAUUAAAUGAAAUUUCACAAAUUGUUAGUAGUAAAAUUUAACGAAAACAAAUUUACAAAAGUUUGAAAAGUCUGAAAAAUAACCAAAUAAUUAAAUAUAAAUAUCUUAGAUAUAUUUGUAAAAAGUAAAAACGUUUUUUUUAACUUAAGCACUUUAAGCUAUUUAAAGGAAAAUAAAAAAAAAUAAACAAUCUCGAUUAUAUGCAAUAAAAUAUAGUGGAACGAUAGCAAAAAUCUAGUGAGAAUAUCAAAUACAAAUAUUAAAGCAACAAAUACAAAAAUACGAAAAUACAAAAACACAAAUUUUAAAUAGCAAUUGCAGUUUACAAUAAUCAAUAUUCAAUCAACCAAAAACAUAAAAAAAUAAUAAAAAAAUAAAUAGCAAGCGAAUUACAAAUAUACAAACAUACAAAUCAAUUCAAUUACCAAUUGCAGUUAAGUUACUGCUUUUAAGCUACAAAAAACAAACAUCAAAUCAACCAAUAAUCUUAAAAACAAAAAUAUUUUACAAAUUUUCAAAGUACAAAGGAGCGCAUACAUUUUUGCGAAUAUUGCAUUAUACAUACAUACAUAAUUACAAACGAAUAAAUUUCGAAUUUCCGCACUUAAAAUAAAUAAACAAACAAUAUAAGCAAUAUAAUAAAAAUAUCAAUACAAAUUUAAAUAAACAAAGCAAAAGCAAAAAGCUCACAUCUUAAUCAAUCACGAACAAACAAGCAAAUAAGUCAGUAAUUUUACAAAGUAGAAAUAGAAAUAUUUGCAGUUGUACUUUUGACUAAGAGAAACACACACAUACAUAGAAGUAAACACAGCGAGGAGUUAGUGCUUAAAAUCCCCGUUAUAUUCACUUUAAUUGAAAUAGCAGUUAAUAGUUAAGUAAAACACACACACACAUAUACGCCCAUAGGCAAAAAAAAAACAAAUAUGCAACCCAACCAGUGAGCAAAAGUUCAAAUUGUUCGGAGAAUUACAAACGAAAACCGACGCGUAGUUCAAAACAGUUUAUAAAAACAUACAAACAAACAAAAAAAAAAGGAUAAACUACCUCAAAUCGAAAUUUCAAGUGUACAAACGCAUAAUAAAAAUUAAAACAAACAACAAGUAUCUUACAAAAAAAAACAAAGUUAAUACAAAUAUCACAGAAAACUUCCCUAUGCAAUUUCAAAACAUACUAAAUAAUCGAAAAGUUUUGAGAAAAUUUACAAAAGCAACAGACAUAAAAACAGUGUACAAAUUCAAGAAUUCAAAUAAUCUACAUAAACAUAAAUAUAAUAAGAAACAGUAAAAAGUAACUUGGUUUUUUUUUUGUUUUCAACUGCGUGUCACAAGAACAUUGCGCUCACAUCUGCGUGAGAGCUGGCACUCAAGCACGCGUCCUUUUACUACCGCUCGCGCGUACACUGCUCUCAGUUCGCUUAGGUAGCAUUCGUUCGCUCGAAGGUCCGGACGGUCGUUCGCUCUCACUAUCGUUAUCGCGUGGCCGCUAAUUGCAGCAAAUCCGGCUCCCGCCAUGCCGAAAGGGGGGCUUAAAUGGCGUCUUCAAUAAUUGCGCAGACCAGCGGCGGCACAGUAGAAACGUCAGCAACAACAGCAACGACCACUGCGACAGCGGUAUCGGCCAGUCAUUUGGGUCACUUCAGUCACGGACUGCAACAACAUUACGCACACACAUAUUUGCCACAUCAGCAGUUGCAACAUUCACUGCAACAGCAGCAACAGCAACAGGUGGUGGCUCAGCAGCAACAGCUGUUAUACCAUCACCAGCAGCAGCAGCAACAGCAACAGCUUGUUGCCGAACAACAACAUCACUGGGACUAUUAUGCACGGCAACAGCAAUUGCAGCAGUUACAAUCGAGUCAGCAACAACAACAACCCUCACUGCAACAACCACCUCCUCAGCCUCCUCCUGCUGGGUCCACUUCUCAACAGCAUCAGCAGGAAUCCAGCAAUUCAACCGCCAAUGCCACCGCCAGCAGAAGCAACCACAACAGUCACAGCAAUAAUGAUCAACAGCUUCACCAACAGCAACAACAACAACAGCAGCAGCAACAGCACUCGGCUGUAAGCUCACAGUCAAACGGCAGCGGCAGAAGCAACAAUAGCAGUGCCGUUAACUCCAAUAGCAACAAUAACUAUACGCGUCCUUGGGAAAUGGAGACCAAGGACCAUCACAGCCAUAGCAAUACGUUGAAGAGUGGAGGUCUUGGCAGUGGUAACGGAAAUGGUAAUGGCAAUCUGGGCGGUAAUAGUGGCUUCGAGCCUUUCUCCAAGCUGCCCUCUUUCCAAAGCCAAUUUCAUGGGUACAACGAUCAGCUCAUGCCCGACGGCAUUACGCCUAUGGCUUCAUCAGUGCUGCCGCCGUCAAUGUCCUCACUACAGACAGUCGCCAUGUCGCCUGCAAGUAUUUCGGUCAGUUCGCCGGGCAUGGUAAGCGUCGGUUCGCCACUGACGCAACUAUCUAGCUUGCAAGCGAGCAUUACACCACCGUCGGUGGCCUCAGCCGCGUCUUCGUUUGCCCCACUUGCCGCCCCACCACCGCCGCCCCCAAAUGCAUUUCAUCAUUUGGGAACGGUGAAUACGCACGGCCAUCAUCGUAGUAGCGCCGCCUACGCACCUCUCAUGUCUACAAAUACCGCUACGAUAGGCAGUUACGGUGCAAGUGGUGCACUAGACGAUGGGCGCCAUCAUCUGCCCUUAUACCAGACGCUUACACCCACUUACGCCACACCACCGCCACCCAGUGCACUGGCGCCUAUCUCCUCGCAACAUUCACUUGGAGGUUUGAGUGGAAUAGGUGCUUUUGGUGGUGUUGGUAAGAAAGACGCUACUCAGACAUUUGAUCUCAAUAAUGGCCACGGUGGUCUCACACUGGGCGCAGCGGCUAUCAAUACAGCUAAUACAAAUGUUACACCAAUGGGAAUGCACACACCAACCACACCCUCUUAUGUAGACGGAAGUGGAGGUGUCACUUUGAUGGAUACAUCAAACGGAGCUUCUGGGUAUCACACGCCACACUCCACGCACACCGGCGGCUCUAGCGGUGCAGGUGCAGGUGCUGGUGGACCGCAUACACCACACACAACACAACCGCAUACACCCACACCCUCGACGACCACUCAAAUCAAAGUGGAAAAGGUGCUGAAUUCGCCAAUUGCGCGAGUGGAUGCGCGAAAGAAAGAACGACGGAAAAAUCGGGCGAAUUCGCUCGAGUCCAGCGCCGAGUCCGAGGCAAGUGCCAUGGAUGUGGAUCCCAGCAAUCCCGGACAAGUGGAUGCGGUCUCGAGCACAGCCAAUUUCAAGAGCCCACUAAGCGCGCUAGGAAUGGGCGAUAGCAACGACACCAACGGCGACAAGCAGACUUCUGUUUUUCAGUCGAAGAAAAAACGCAAACGCUGCGGGGAAUGCAUCGGCUGUCAACGCAAAGAUAAUUGCGGUGAAUGCGCGCCCUGUCGCAAUGACAAAAGUCAUCAAAUUUGUAAGCAACGCCGUUGCGAGAAACUCACUGAGAAGAAGGAACCCAAAGCCAAACAAAUCGUUUAUGGUGCUGAUGGACAACCGAUUCGUGCGGAAAAACGUGGACGUGGCAAAGCGCGCUCUACUGCAGGCAAUGGAACACCAAUAACAGGGGUAAGUCAAAGUUGUAAAUACUUACAUAGUUACAUAUGUAUGUACAUAUUUUAAUUUGAUAUAAAUAGGGCGUUAACAAAUGCAUA